AUGACCGCGGCGACGAGUGCCCAUCUGGACGGAGACAAAUUCGUGAUGCAGGUGUACAAGGCACACGUCACGAAGAUGAGGGAGAAUCUGGCGCACGAGGCCGAGUCCAAGGAGAAUUUUGAGGAGGGCGAGACUGCUGAGCAGUAUAUGGAGCGGCAAGAGCAAGAGAUCGGCGAGGCUGAGGAGAUGAUCGAAGGCUGUAUUCAACUAGAAGCCUCGAUCCGCGACAAAAUGGCCGAAUGCAUGGAGGACGCGAAGCGCAUCCGGGGUAUGCAGCGCGAGUACGAGACGCUACUUCGGUUUGUCGACCGAAUGUGGGACAUGCCCCCAGAGUUCUUUGACAACUUCCCCACUGACGACGAGGACAGCGACGGCGAAGAUGUGAUGGAUUUCAUGAAUGCGACAAUCGCAUUAAUGGGUGAUGAUGAGAAGGUUGUCUACGUCCCGGCGCCCCAGGUCUACACCGAUCCGGUGCCGCCAAAGCCAGUGAAAACGGUGAAGCCAGUUAUAGCUGACAACAACGAUACAGUGGUGUACCAGCCGGCACCCCAGGUCUACACCGAUCCCGAAGCGAAUACAAACUACUCAUUCGUCAAGCCGGACGGUACCGUCGAGGAGUCGCGACCACGUCGAGAUUUGGCUGACAACGAAACUGUGGUGUAUCAACCGGCGCCCCAGGUCUACCCAGAUGUACCCGCACGCGAGUACGGCUACCUACCGGCCAACCGUACCGAGAGGGCUGCUGAACGAGAGCGGGUUGUGGAAGUCUACCCGGAAAGCACGACUGAAAAUGACCCCGAUGAGCACAAAUACGAUGCCUGGAUCCGUGCCAAAAUCCCAGAAGCUGGGGAUAAGAAGCUCGUGCUUAAGCGGGAUGCGAAACUUUUGGAGCAGAAAAACGGGACGGUCGUUCACGAAGUUUUGGGAAAUUCUUUGGACUCGACAAACUGGAUACACUACGAAAAGAAGCUGGAAUUCAUGAUGCCCGACGGCGCCGUUGGAUUUAAGUAUACCACAGACGCUCCAGAAUUCACCGCCACCUUCUCCAGCCCACCUAUGCAAAAAUUUAACGAUAAUGGACGCGCGCUCGCUUCUCCGGACUUUGGCGCGUUAUACAGCACCCCGAAAGAGGAGGGCGGGAGAAGCGAACAGAAUGGCGUCAUCUUCAAGAAGGACUACCCGGCGAACACCGACGGCCUCCGAUACGUGUUCAGUCUCCCAUUAUCCGGUGGGAAUGCUCCGAAAAACUUCUGGGCCAACGGUAUCCUGGCUGAUGGUGAACAGUUCUACUUGAGGAACCAAAAGACGAAGGAACGAAUUGAUCUAAAAUUGACCCCGGAGAAGAACAUCACCCUGGAGCUUCCCGCGAACACCGAUUUCUACGCGUACUUUGUCGGCUCGGCCAUGCCAAAUCGGGACCGCAAGUUCGAGGUGGCCAAACAGGAUAAGGAA